GCAGAUCACUAACACAUACAGAUAUCUCCUUGGUACCGACAAGAUGCCAUCAUACACCAUCACAGUGGCAACAGGCAGUCAGUGGUUUGCUGGUACAGAUGACUAUAUCUAUGUUACAUUAAUUGGAUCAAAAGGCUGCAGCGAAAAGAAUUUGCUAGACAAACCUUUUUACAAUGAUUUUGAGAGGGGGGCGAUUGACUCCUAUGAUAUUACAAUAUCUGAAGAUAUUGGAGAGAUCCAGUUAAUUAAAAUUGAAAAAUAUAAAUACUGGUAUAAAGAUGACUGGUAUUGCCGGCACAUAACCCUUAAGACUCCCACAGGAGAUUAUCUGGAGUUCCCAUGCUACAGAUGGAUCACCAACGAUAAGGAAAUCGUUCUGCGUGAAGGAACAGCAAAGUUGCCCACACAGGAUGUAACACAAAUUCACAAGCAACACAGAAGAAAGGAGCUAGAAGACAGACAGAAACAGUACAGAUGGAAGGAGUGGCAUCCUGGCUUUCCAUUGAGUAUUGAUGCUCAUUGUCAUAGUGAAUUGCCCCAUGACAUACAGUUUGAUAGCGAAAAGGGAGUUGACUUUAUCUUAAACUACACAAAAGCGAUGGAAAACCUCUUUGUGAACAGUUUCAUGCAUAUGUUCCAGUCCUCCUGGAGUGAUUUUGCUGAUUUUGAACGUAUUUUCGUGAGAAUUAGUAAUACAAUAUCAGAAUAUGUAAUGCAGCACUGGCAAGAAGACUUCAUGUUUGGAUAUCAGUUUCUCAAUGGCUGCAACCCCGUUUUAAUAAAAAAAUGCAAAAAAAUACCAGAAAAUUUCCCAGUUACACAUGAAAUGGUGGAAUGCAGUCUUGAACGGAACCUUACACUUGAAAAAGAAAUGGAGCAAAAUAACAUCUUCAUUGUUGAUUUUUAUCUUCUUGAUGGUAUCUCGGCAAACAAAACAGAUCCAUGCACCAUCCAAUACCUUGCGGCACCUAUCUGCUUAUUGUACAAAAAUCUUGCAAACAAAAUUGUACCAAUUGCUAUACAGUUAAACCAAACGCCAGGGCCAGAAAAUCCAAUAUUUUUGCCGUCUGAUGCUAAGAAUGACUGGCUAUUAGCUAAGAUAUGGGUAAGAUCAUCUGACUUCCAUGUUCAUCAGACAAUUAGCCAUCUUCUGAGGACCCACCUACUUACAGAAGUUUUUGCAGUUGCUAUGUUCCGCCAGCUACCUGCUGUUCAUCCCCUUUUUAAGCUUCUGAUACCACAUGUAAGAUUCACUAUAGCCAUCAACACAAAGGCACGGGAGCAGCUGAUAUGUGAAUGUGGCCUCUUCGAUAAGGCCAAUGCAACAGGAGGAGGAGGACAUGUAGAGCUGUUGCUGAGAGCCAUGAAAGAGUUUACAUAUGAGAACCUUUGCUUUCCAGAAGCAAUCAAGUUGAGGGGUAUGGAUAACAAGGAGGAAAUUCCCUAUUAUUUCUACAGAGAUGAUGGAAUGAAAGUCUGGGAAGCAAUACUUGACUUUGUGGGAGAUUUGGUGGAUAUUUAUUAUGAAAGUGACCAGACAAUCUGUGAAGACAGUGAGCUUCAAGCUUUUGUGAAAGAUGUAUUUGUUUUUGGACUACGGGACAAUGAAGACUCUGGUUUUCCAAAAACUAUGAAGACCAAAAAGAACUUAAUAGAAUAUCUCACUCUUGUCAUAUUCACUGCAUCUGGGCAGCAUGCUGCCGUGAACUUUGGUCAGUAUGACUGGUGUUCAUGGAUUCCCAAUUCUCCUCCCACCAUGCGCCGCCCUCCACCCACAGAAAAAGGAGAUGUUACUAUAGAGUAUAUCAUUGAAAGCUUACCUGACAGAGGUCGUUCAUGUUGGCACCUUGGCGCUGUAUGGGCUUUGAGUCAAUUUCAAGACAAUGAGUUGUUUCUAGGAAUGUAUCCUGAUGAACAUUUUGUUGAAAAACCAGUAAAACAAGCAAUUGCCAAAUUCAGUAAGAACCUUGAAGACAUCACCAGUUUCAUCCUUGACCGCAACAAGAAUAAGAAGCUACCAUAUUAUUACCUGUCUCCAGACAAGAUCCCUAACAGUGUUGCUGUGUAAGUUUACUGAAGAUACCUGCUGGAUCAGCAAUGUAAAACACAAAUGCUUGUGUAACUAAAACUUAAAGAUAACAGUUAUCUGACCACUGCAGAAUUUUAUUUGCUUUAUUAACUUUAAUUUGCAGUACUGGUGCAUAGGUGAGCUAACUGCAUUAAAGUUUCAAACUACAUAGCUAACUUACUGACUUAAGAUUACUAUACAGCCCUAUGAAGAUCAUAAACAACAUAUCAAAUAUAUACCGAUAACACAACACAUUGUUCCAAAUUAAAACUGAACUGUACUACAUAAAACUCGGCUUUGUGCAUUGGGAACACAUAAAAUAUUGAUGAUGGUAGAUUUUAACUAGUAUCGAUGUAUUGCAAUAAAAUGUAAAUCUUGUCAAAGACCCACAUACAUGGGUUAUAUUACAACAAAAAUGGUACUACACAUAUAUAACAGGUUACAGUAGUCCUCCAAUAUACGAUGGCCCGACAUAUGAUCAUUUCAACAUACAAUGCUUCUGUGUGUCGGGGCCAUCGCAAAAGUCGGGGCCAUCACAAGAACGGCUAUCCAGCAGCGCUGACUGCUUCAGCUGCCAACAGAUAGCCGUUUAUACCCACUGAUUUAGACUUUUAUAAUAGAUAAAACAGAAAUCGAUAUAUGCCUGAGGAAGGAGGCGAUCCUGUAAGCCCUCCGAAACGCGUCGCAAUAAGCCCUACCCUAUCUAUCCACGGACCUCCGGGCCUUUUUGUCAUACUCUCCUGGAAGGGGAUGAUGUGAAAGGUAACUGUACCUACACAUCUCCCCUAGUGAAGUAAGUUUAUCACAGUGACAAUCUACAAUAUUUUGGUUUGAUUAUUAUUAUGUUUUAUACUGCCUCCGAGCGCUGGUUUUUCCAUUUGUUCUUUUCAUUUAGACUUUUAUGUCACCACCGCUCUGGCCCGUCAUUUCACCGCUCCUCUGCUGCAGCUGCCCUGCGCCGUCACUCUUUGUCGCCGUCAUCCUGUCGCCGCUCACUCGGCCCCGUCGUCCAAUAGGGGCAGCAUGAGUGGCGACGUGAUGACGGCGACGAAGAAUGACGGCACAGGGCAGCGGCGAAGUAGUAAUACCACAGCAGAGGAGCGACGAACAGACGGGCGGGAGCGGCAGGGACACAUGAGUAUAAUCCAUGGUAUGAAUCCCUCAACAUACGAUGGUUUCGACAAACGAUGGUCCAUUUGGAACCAAUUACCAUCAUAUGUUGAGGGACCACUGUACUUGUUAUAAGGCAAAAGCUUUACAGCUUUAUGUUGCUUCAUGAAAUCACAUUGCACAAUGUUCCGUGGAAACAAUUACAUGCUCCUCAAGAAGAUAUGGUCAGAAAAGAAAAAUAACAUUCUGUAUUUUAUCUUUUUUUAAAUUAUCUUUAUAUGCUGUAUGUUGAAUUUAACUUGGAAUAAAAAAUUUCAGUAAAAUAUUUUGUCAGUCUGC